AUGUCACGUGGAGUCGUCACUCGACUCGAGACCUUCCUGAAGAAGGAAGACACGCCGGGGAUUCCUCGAGAAGAGGUGGUGGGAGAGCAGCAGGCUGUAAUCGUGAACGGCAAACUACCGAGUUCGCCUAACCGGCAGAACGCGUCGCUGACUGUCCAGAAGACGCACAACGACCUUAUCGACCUCACUGACGAGGAGGAGAGAACGAAAGUUACGAUUGCUGCGACUAUACCUCUGAACACGGCGACGGUGAUAGAGGCGCAGAACACUGCUCUGGUGAAAGCACAGCCGCGUUAUCAAAGAGUGCUGCAAACCAUUCCUGCAAGUGUUGCUAUCGCCUCCCAACAGGCCAGUAUUAGAUUGGUACCUCCGAACCAGCCCACUCCGACGGCUCUUGUGAAUAACAUGAACGCCUCGAGAGUCACUUACGUCAUGCAGGGUGGAAUAGGAUCAACGAGGCAGCUGCUGAUAACGUCCAAUCCUAAUCAGAUUCGACCAGUCACCUCGGGUAGUAGAGCGCCGUUCUCGGCAGUCGCGUAUAAAACAGGUAUCUCGACGGUGGCUAACGGCACCGUCAGGUUACUAACUACCCCUGCUAAUACACUAUUCAAGCAUCCAGCACCUCUUCCAGAUUGUCCGAAUUAUCCGGCCAUUCCUAAUUUGAAGCUUCCACCUCCCGCGCCGUCUUUGAAGAUAUCGAAAGUCACAAAUGGGAUUGUUCUCUCUUGGAACAUGACCCUCUCGGAUAAGUACGCCGAAAUAGCUAGUUAUCAAUUGUACGCUUAUCAAGAGACUGUCGGGACAUCUCCUAGUACGACCCUUUGGAAAAAGGUCGGAGAUGUCCGAGCCCUGCCACUGCCAAUGGCGUGCACCCUUACCCAGUUUUCCGAGGGCAACAAUUAUUACUUCGCCGUAAGAGCCGUCGACACGCAUUCCAGGCUUGGGCAGUACAGCAUACCGGGGAACAUUUCGUUAUAAAUUGCCGACCGACUGAGAGACCUUCUCCCAAGAGAGUUCGCAUUCUCUUGAUUGCUCUUUCCUGUCGGCUAUUGUUUCGCACUAGUUGUAUCACUAGGAGAAAUAUGAUAGGUCGCGUUGAACAUGUUGUCAGAGAAAUGCAUGCCGGCCAAUGAUCUUUUCCCGCGAGGUUCUACUUGCGCCUAAUCCCUAGGGGAAACGAAAGAGAAAAAGAAAGAGAAACUACUUUCCGUGAAGAUGUUUUGUCUUAGGCCGAAUUGUGCAUAUGUAUGGGCAGGCUCGGUACGGCAUACGAACAGCGAGUUGCGUGAAAUUUUAUUUGUUUAGGAUUAUGGACCUUGAGAGAAUCGAAAGCAUUCCUGGGAGGUAUUCCAAGGCUGAGCAUACGUGUACUUUUUAUUUGUACACUUUUAGGGACUUCUUUACACCGCACGCUGUGCGAGCUAUCUUUGUUAACGUGGAAGGUCGGUACUAUCGUUUUAAAUUAAAUUUAGUUUAGAGACAUGGUAUGCUUUAAGUACUUCCGCUCGGAAGAGGUGCUUAAUACGAGUCUUAGGUCGAUUUCCUCAGGAGAUAUGAUGAUGUCAGGUCUGAUCGUUUAGUUUCGUCGUGUGAAAUGUGAACCGUUGUCAUCGCCGUUUAGAGGUCCUCCAGUUACUUUGUAUCGUUGUGUGAACAAUUGUGCGUUUACGUUUACUUACAAAUUCCCCGUAGGCGGGGGGGCGUAGACCGGUUAUGGAUUAUUAAUCGAACAUUGCAAAUGUCAGUCCCGAGUCGCUUAUGUGUAUCGGUGAGGACUCCGAAUGCAAUGUGCUCAAUUUUGAUACUCAUCAAAGGCCAUCCCUCGUGUUCGACUUUUGACAUUAAUAUAUAUGUUAGAACGUGGCCGAGUGUUCUGGCUAGUGUAAAUAUUCAUUAAGUGUAUAUAACUCUCCUCGUAAUGUAUGCAGCGCCGUUGCGGAUUGAAUUUGUACCAUACGUAAGCGUAUAAUUUCAAGUACAAGAUUUAUACCUAGGAUAGUGUUCGUUCUCUCUCUCUAUCUCUCUUUUUUCUUUCUUCUUUUUAUUUUAUUAUUUUCAUUUCUCUUUUCUAAUCACUUGCAGGCCACCCACUUAUCAGUGUGAUAGAGUAAGGAAUAAAGUCGAUUAUUAUUAACUUUCCUUGCGACUCUCUUAGGUUUCUUCUCGUCUAGACGCUUACUCCCGAGGACGUCGAUCUCUCUCUUUCUAUCUCUUUUGUAUUCCCUCUCUCUCUCUCUCUUGAUAUAUUUAUUUCCACGCCGAAAUUUCUCGGUGAAAGCAUUGUUAUCACCAGCUGUUAGAGCGUUAUCGGCGACUUCAGAACUCUGUAAAUACUCCGAUCUGUAAAAAGUUAAUCAUACUCUCGGAAUGGUUGUACGCCUGUUGUCGAAGCAGAUGCGAGCCCUAGAAUGUUCACGUAAAUAUAGGGAUAUUGAAAAAAAAGAAAAGUCGUAUAGGAUACAGUAAUAAACUAUUUGCAGUAUUCUUCCAGGGAGGUUUGCGCUGAUCUGGCCGCCCUUUAACCCGUUGUAUCCUGUUACCUUGUAAUUGUAGAAGAUGAAAAUUCCUUUCAAGCAUUUCAGGUAUUGAGGAUCAAUGAGGGUCAG